AUGAAGACUAGCGCUCGUUCCCUCCUCGCUCUUGCUGCCCUUCUCACCACUGCCCUUGCUGCGCCGACACCAGCGAACGGAGUGAGCUUCCCUAUCACCGACCUCCUCGACAAGGACCUUACUGUCGAGGAGUAUGCGGCACAGCUUGAGAACCAGAGUGUUGAAGAGCGUGGCCUUGCCAAGCGCCAGUACAAUGGUGACACUUACAACCAACUGACCGAUGGUACUGCAUGCCGUCCCAUUACCGUCAUUUACGCCCGUGGCACGACCCAAGCCGGCAACGUUGGCGAGGCUGGCUCAGAAGGUCCAACUUUCUUCAAUGCUCUGGCUUCUCGUGUUGGAGGAAUCAGCCGCUUGGCCAUCCAGGGUGUGAAUUACCCGGCUAACGUCCUUGGCUUCCUGGCUGGAGGAGAUGCUGCAGGAGCUACGACUAUGUUCAAUUUGAUCAACCAAGCUGCCACUCGUUGCCCUUCAACCAAGAUCGUUGUCUCCGGAUAUUCUCAGGGCGCACAGCUUGUACACACUGCUACCCAGAGGCUAUCAGCUGCCCAAGCCGCGCGUGUCACCGCUGUUGUAACAUUCGGCGAUGCCGACCGUGACGAGACCUUUGGCCCUGUUGCCGCAAACAAGGUUCUCAUUAUCUGCCAUGAGGGUGACAACAUCUGCGACAACGGUAUUAUCAUCACCCCUGAGCACAGGAACUACGAGAUCGAUGCUCCUACGGCUGCGGCUUUUGUUGCCGCACGUGUUUGA